UCAGUUAGGAAUAUGCACGUAUCUUUAUAAGAACUGAAGUGGCUGCGCAUUGCGUCGUUCGGAGGCAGCGCUAGCUAAGUAAUCUGCCCCAGUCGGCGAUAAGAGACAUGCCGUUGUCUCGUCUGUUGGCUCCCAUUGAUAAUCUUCUUUCCAUCCAUUGCACCUUUCGCAGCAGACUUGAAUACCCGGGUAUCGUGGAGUCGAUUACUCGCAUCCGCUACCCAGAACCAGGAUGGAGGAAACGCGUGCUCUGUUGGGCGCUGAGAAGAAGCUUCAAGGAGCUCCAAGACAGCAAGUCUCCCGACGACUGGCGAAGCUCAUCACUUCGUUUGCCCUCCUGAUUCCCCUAGUCACUCUCUUCGCUCUACGCAUCUGCGACGUUAGAGGGGAUAACGAAGCUCGAAGGUUAACGAUCGAGGAGAGAGUAGACAGGAUUCUCUCGAGAAGUCCUCUGAUAGAUGGGCACAAUGAUCUUCCGUUUCUUAUCCGCAUGCUCUACGGCAAUCAUAUAUAUGACAAGAACUUCACGGAAUCUUUCACGCAUGGCAAUUUAAGUGGCCACGUUGACUUGCCUAGACUCUUCGAGGGCAAAGUGGGCGGUACAUUCUGGAGCGUCUUUGUCCCAUGCCCGGAAGAUGGCAUGGACUUUUCCGACGAGAACUAUGCACAGAGCGUUCGAAUGACCAUACAGCAGGUGGACAUUAUGUCGCGGGUCCAACAAGCGUAUCCGCAUGUAUUUUCUGCUCCUCCUAAUGGUACGACUGCUAUCCAGGCUUUUCGUGAGGGAAAGAUCAUCUCUCCACUUGGAAUCGAAGGACUCCACUCCAUUGGCAACUCUCUAGCACACUUGCGGAGAUUCUACGAUAUGGGAGUCUCGUACGCAACUUUAACUCACAACUGCCAUAACCGAUUUGCAGAUGCGGCCCUGCAAGAGACAGCGGAAGGCACCCUGAAGAAAGCACAACCGCUAUGGCAUGGAAUUAGUGACGAAGGGAAGAGCCUCGUGUUCGAAAUGAACCGUCUGGGGAUGAUCGUGGACAUUUCUCAUGUGAGCUCUGAAACGAUGCGGGAUGUCCUGGGAGCUGGGAAGGACGACUGGGAAGGAAGCAAAGCCCCUGUGAUCUUUAGUCAUAGCUCCGCCUAUGGUGUCUGCCCACAUCCUAGAAAUGUGCCAGACGACGUCCUACAGCUUGUUAAAAAGAGGAACUCGAUCGUCAUGGUCAACUUUUCCCCCGAUUUCGUAUCUUGUGUUCCUGCGGACCGAUCGGAUGGUCUCCCAGAUCUCUUUCCCGCAAACGCGACACUGGAACACGUUGCUGAUCACAUCAUUUAUAUCGGAGAACUGGUUGGAUAUGACUAUGUCGGGCUGGGCAGCGAUUUUGAUGGUAUCCUCACGACCCCUACAGGAUUGGAAGAUGUAUCCAAGUUCCCCAAACUUAUCGCUGAGUUAUUGAGGCGGGGCGUCAGUGACGAGGAUGCGGUGAAAAUUGCAGGAGGAAAUUUACUCAGAGUAUGGAAAGAAGUGGACGAUGUCGCUCUUGAAUUACAGGCACAGGGUGCCCUUCCGGUAGAGGACGAGAUUGUAACUCUUUAGUGCCAACGAUACUACAGACAACAGUGAUGGUGAUCAGGCACGGAACAUAAUAUGAAGUAUUGCGCAAUAUACUCCGUAUGGCACCCCCGUUAUCUCAUUGGGACUCUUGGUCGUACUAGGUGUCUUAC